AUGAGAGUUAACACCGCCUUUACUGCUUUGGUGGGCGUUUCCACGCAGCUGGCCAGCACAGCUCCCACCCAGCCCCUCGUCAUGAACCGCACCAUCAUUCCUCCUUGCCACCAAGAGAGCGAAAGAUGCCGCGUGAUCGGGCCGGGCCCUCGUUUCUCGCUCACUUUCAUGAGCACGCAUGGGCUAGAUGUUCAACGCCAGGCUAUUGAGUCAGCCUGCGGCGUCGCCACUGAGUCCUGGGAUGUUGAAACCCCCCACGUUCCGCCCGGGGGUGAAGACUUCGGAUGCAUUCCCGUUAUCGUCACCUUCAAUCUGGCGAAUUUCACCGGCGAGGACCCCAAAGUUUGUGUCGCCAGCGGCCUCAGAGGGCCAUUCCCGUCAGCUAUCUGCGUGGAGUAA